AUGUCUAAGGUUUUAGUAACUUUUUGGUGUUGUGUCUUCUUUUCAUUUCGAUUCAUUUUCUUGAAUUCAAAUGCAUCUUCAGUAACAUUCAAUGUGUUAAAUUUUGGAGCAAAAUCAGAUGGCAAAAGUGAUGCAACUCAACCUUUUUUGAAAGCUUGGGUAGCCGCGUGUAGCUCACUGAACGCGGCUACCAUUUAUGUUCCACGUGGAAAAUACAUGAUUAAGUCGGUUACUUUUAGAGGGCCAUGCAAAAAUAAAAUUACUGUACAAAUUGAUGGAACCCUUGUGGCUCCAUCCGAUUAUAAUGCACUUGGCAACUCUGGCUACUGGAUUUUGUUUAUUAAGGUUAACCGGAUUUCGGUCAUCGGAGGAACUCUUGAUGGAAAUGGAGCUGGAUUUUGGGAUUGUAGGAAGUUAGGGAAGAAUUGUCCUGUUGGAGCUAGGUCAAUAACCUUCAACUGGGCAAAUGAUGUUGUGAUUAGUGGCCUAACCUCACUCAACAGCCAGUUAAUGCACUUGGUGAUUAAUAGUUGCAAGAAUGUUAUGGUUAAAAAUGUAAGAAUAAUAGCACCUGAUUUUAGUCCAAAUACUGAUGGAAUUCAUGUACAAUCUUCAAUUGGUGUUACUAUUAGUGGCACAAGUAUUCAAACUGGAGAUGAUUGUAUAUCUAUUGGUCCUGCCACAAGAAAUCUUUGGAUGGACAAGAUUCAAUGUGGCCCUGGACAUGGUGUUAGCAUUGGAAGUCUAGCUAGAGAUUAUAAUGAAGAUGGUGUGCAAAAUGUGACAUUAAUUAAUUCAGUGUUUACUGGAUCUGAUAAUGGAUUAAGGAUAAAGUCUUGGGCAAGGGCUAGCACUGGUUUUGUCACAAAUAUUAAUUAUCAAAACAUAAUGAUGAAGAAUGUUGACAAUCCAAUAAUCAUUGAUCAAAACUAUUGCCCCAACAACCAAGGUUGUCCUAGCCAGGCAUCUGGCAUAAAGAUCAAUCAAGUGACAUACCAAAAUAUAUUUGGAACAUCAACAACACAAGUAGCAAUGAAUUUUGAAUGCAGUUCAAGCAAUCCAUGCAGUGGAAUCAAAUUACAAGACAUAAAACUUACUUAUUUGAACAACAAAAAAGCUCAAUCUAUUUGCAAGAAUAUUAGAGGAAAUACUGGAGGAGUCAUUUUGCCUGAUAAUUGUUUAUUAUAA